UAAAAGUUAUAAGGCUAUUAAAGAUAGUUCAACUUCUACAUUAAGGGGCCAUAUUGCUUGUGAACAUAAACAAUUGAAUUCAGAAAUAUCUACUUCAAGACCAUUGGAUAAAUUUGUUAAAUCAAAAACAACAUUGGAACUUUCAACUGAUAUGAAUGAUGCUACAAAUCUUUCAAUACAAAAACUUGAUGACUAUUAUCCAACUUCUGAUGCAGCUAUAGGCAAUCGUUACAAAAAAGAUGACUCUAUAGUUGAGAAUGCUGAAGUUGAUGAAGAUGCUGUAAAAUUAUUUUUGAAAGAAAAGAAUUUCCGAGGCAAAAUAAUUGGAUCUUAA